CAAAUCCAUUCCCCAACAACAACAUCAAUCUUGCUUCAUCUCAUUCCAGCUCUAUUUCAAGCCAAAUGCUUUCAUCUCGUCAAUCAGGAAUGUCCCCAGAGGCAAUUAGUAUACUUCCUUCAUUGACAGAUUCCCAUGUUUUUCUUCACUAAUUUCUAGGAGCUCUUUCCAUCUCUACUAAAGCUUCCUCUGGAAAGACACCCUUCUCAACCAUCAAAGACACAAACUGCGUCAGCCAAGUCUGACAGUUCUCUAUCUUGAUUCUCGUCUUUGACGUCUAUAAUCCGUUAUUAGUCAAUCCCUACAUUUACGAGAGACCACUUUUCGGUGCAUAUCAUACUGAUCCAGCAGGUCUAAGACUUGGUCCAGGCGCGUUGACUCCACGCGCCAACUCUUCCAGUUGAUCCUGAGGUACAUCAUCAAUACUGUACUCGUCGUCAUUCUCGAGGAUCAUUCCUUUGUCGACUUUGCAAAGCAGUUUUAGAGAAUGAUUUCGUGUCUCGGUUGAGAGAUCGUGGUUUCUUUCGAAUUCGUGGAUGAAACCUUCACUGGGACUGCCUUGGACGUUGAUGAUUUUCCCUCUUUUUCAUUCUGUUUUUCUUUCUGUUUCUUCUUUUUCUAUGUUUGGGACCCAUAAGGCCCAGUGGGCUGCGAAUAUGGGGGAGUGGUAGAUGACCAGGUAUACUGGACGCGACAUGGUGUUUUUUGAUGUGUUAGCUUUUGUUGGUAUUGUUUAUCUUCACCUGCACUCUGUAUAAAUACUCGAAAAAGUCACGUGCUUUGGAAUAGGAACCCAUCAUCUUGAAAAUCGACUCUUGGGAAAUCCGGACUCCCGGGACAACUCUCGUCAAAUGACAACGAGGCAGAAGACUUACAAUGGCAUUGGUCAAGAAUGAGCGAGCAUGGUUCCCGACAGAUAAAUCCAUGUCUGCUCUAGCAAGGGGGUCCCGCGGAGAGUACAGUCGCUCCUUCCUUAUGGCAUGCUGACUUGUAUCGCCAGAGGAGGGGUUUCUCAAGGCCUGGAAGAUCGAUACCCGCCUUGCCUCCUUCUCCUUAGAUAUGUCAAUUCAGUCUGGAAGGCUUUGGGGUUGGGAGGGAUUUACGCCAAUGCUCUAUUCGCCCAUACAUUGCUUAAAUCCUCGCGCCGUCUCAAUCAACAAAACUGAUGCGACAUACAGUUCUACAAUGGAAACCUCGCUACGAAUAGCAAAUCAUGUGCCUAAGUACAACCCAAGAUUCUACCAUACAAUGGAACCCGAAGAAAGGAAUGGUAAACAUCAGAAAACAGGACUACUUUAGAGGACUGCGAUGAUGAAAAUAUCGGAAGUAUCCGCAACAUCGAAGGGAACUCGAAUAACUCCCCCCCCAUCUCUGACCCUCUCGGUUACACAAUUCCGAUGGCUCUAAACAGCCCAGACCUUAUUAUAAAAUCGACUGUCAAUACUUAAUAGGAAUUGACGAGUAUGGCUCUAUCAAUCGAGGACUUCUGGAAUCUACAAGCAAUCGUCUGAGCUCGAAUCCUAAUCCAUCUAAACAUAUUAAUCGCUUUCUUUUGGUCUUUUCCUAUAAUAAAUACUGAAAUUAUAUAUGGUAUUCUCUGUUUAAUCAUUGCACUUUCCUUUUUUGUUGUAUGAAAAUAGGGGAUGUUACAGUGGAAAGUGUUACUCAGUCCAAGUUCACAUUGCCUGUUAGCCGACGAUAAGCGUUGGUCGAAUAGGAGGACGAACGAGUACACAAUGACCCUUUCUGCUGAACAUUGUAUACCUAGCGAAACUUCUGGAUGAUACAGAAGUAUUGAUGAUGUCUCUUCAUAUAUCUGAUAUUAGUAUAUCCGAUGUCGGGGAUUGUGCCCAUGUUGGAGAUAAAUAUUCUUCACCAAGUGAGAACCUCACGCUGGAGAUGCCAAUUGCCUUUUAUUUUUAUUUUUAUUCUAUUAUGGCUUCAUCCAGCUAUCAUUUUCUCCUAGACUAGGUUAUAUAAAUCUCGUAUAGAACACAACCACAGUGUCGUUUUCUUUUCACACGAAUUUAUUCAUAGAGAAAGAAAAUGUGACAGAGGAAGUUGUGGCCUCAGGUAUCACAAUCUCGGCAUCGGAAUUUUGACGGGGGGUUGAUUCACAAUUCCGAUUUGUCCGUCUUGCGACCGUAGCGUCAUAAAGAUUUACCUCAAAGAUUAGAACGGACCUCCAACUCUUCACGACGAUCCCUAGCUAUCAACACCACAACGACACAAACCCUGCAUCUUUUGAACCCUCGUCAAAAUCAAUUCCACUUGAAAUUCUACACCUACACACCUACAUACCACCAAAUAAAAUACGCAGCCCAUCAAAAUGUUCCGUCGCAGUUUGCUCAACUCACCCCGCGCAGUUGGACGAGCCAUCACAUCCGCCACCUCCCGCCCAACAGCUCGUCUCGCAAGUCCAUCCAUCAGCUCACCCAUCGCCGUCGCUGGACGAAGACAAUACCACGAGAAGGUUAUUGAUCAUUACUCGCGCCCGCGUAAUGUCGGUUCCAUGCCUAAGACAGAUACAGAUGUUGGAACGGGACUUGUUGGUGCACCGGCCUGCGGCGAUGUAAUGAAGCUCCAGAUCCGAGUUGAUCCCAACAACAACACCAUCUCCGAUGUCAAGUUCAAGACUUUUGGAUGUGGCUCAGCGAUUGCGUCAUCGUCGUAUCUUACGGAGUUGGUUAGAGGUAUGACGUUGGAGGAGGCGGGUAGAAUUAGGAAUACUGAGAUUGCAAAGGAGUUGUGUUUGCCGCCGGUUAAGCGUGAGUUUUUCAAUAUUUACCUUCAUAUGGAGGGUCAAAGGGAAAGGAAGUGAAGACGGAAGGCUAAUAAGGGGAUAGUACAUUGCUCUAUGCUUGCUGAGGAUGCUAUCAAGUCCGCCAUCUCAAACUACUACACCAAGAACCCCAAUGCGCGAUCAACAGACCUCGGAGGAACCGGAGCGAAGAUGCCCAAAAUCGACGUUGAGACAGUUAUGAAGCCUUCUGCCUCGCAAUCUGCGACCGCUUAG